CGUAAGUAAACGGAAACUGAACGGAAACGACGCACUGCAUAUCUCAAGUAGUCAACACACUGUGUUAUCUUUCCGAUAGCAUAUGUAUUGCUUCAUUAGGGUUGAGCCAACACGUGCAUCAUGCUUUAUACGUGCGUCCUACUAGCUUUCCUUUGCUUUUUCUGUGAAAGCAGCCCUGUCACAAAGCGAUGCCCUACUGAAAGAAGGACUGCAAAGAAUGAAAAGACACGAGUUGAACUUUACUCUGUGGCUUCCAGAGGUAAAGUGGCUAUUGCCAGUGACAACAGCAUCACCACAAUUCAUUGGCUGGACAGAUCAGAAUACGAUCUACAGUUUGAGUGGCUCAGGACGAUGAACAAAGGAGGAUUCUAUUUUGUGCUGCGAACAAUGAGUGGGUUGUAUCUUGGUAUUAACGCUGCUGGUUCAGUCGUCCUACAGCUUCACCAAGAUGAAUCUAUUUACUUUACUCAUACAAAUGGCUCGCUGUGUGAGUCCGGCACUACACGCACUACGACCACUUCAUGGAAAUGUCGUGACAACGUGAGCAGCUUUUCUGUGACUCAUUCCACGCUCGAGGCCACAACCGAUGCUAAAAUUGGGACGAGGACGUAUUACCUCGCCAGCUCACUAAGACAGGGAAUUCACGCUAAGAAGUCGAGAACAAGAACCGGCGGCAAGGGAUCGAAACAUUUUAUUCAAAAUAAUUCGGCAAUACAGUUUGUGGUAUGUGGGAAUUGGCAUAACGAACAAUCAAGCUGCUGGUGGACUCCGCAGCCUUCAACCUGAAGUCAGCUUGAGAGCACUACGUAGUAGCAUUUCUAGAGGCGCUGCGGCGAUGUCAUCGCUGUAGUUUUGUAAUUAGUAAAGAGGCCCUUGAUUAAGAGCAUAUUGCAAUGUAAAUAGUACGCACGUGUUGGAUGUUGUAACAUAUUAUUUAUUUAUUAAUGAACAGUAUGUAUAGACGUGACUCAACCGUUGUUUAAAGAGCAUAUUGAUGUACAAUAACAA